AUGAGCCCGAGACUCCUCUGGAUUGGUCUUGGCAACAUUGGUAGGGGCAUGUGCAGGAACCUCGUGGAGAAAGCCGAUCUAGACAAGCCACUGCUCAUCCACAACCGCACCAUCGAGCGGGCCACUGCCCUCAGUCAAAGUCUACCUCAAGGCAAGACCGAGGUCGUUGAGUCCCUGGCUGAUGCUAUUAGCCAGGCUGAUGUUAUCUUUUCAUGUGUCGCUCAUGACCAGGCAGUGGAACAAGUCUUUGCAACUGCCGUUAAGGGAGAUAUCAAUGGCAAGCUCUUUGUUGAAUGCUCGACCAUUGCCCCCGAGACAACCGAGGCCGCAGCAAAGUCGGUCCUAGAGAAGGGGGCUGAGUUCAUCUGCGCUCCUAUCUUUGGAGCCCCCGCUAUGGUAGCCGCCGGCAAGGCGACCAUUGUACUUGCGGGGCCCAAAACUUCCAUCGACAGAGUCCGCCCGUACAUCAACGCUGUAGCAGCCCAAGAGAUUAAUAUGGCUGAUGAACCCUAUUACAAGGCAUCGACCUUGAAGGUGUUGGGCAACACAGUCAUUCUGGGCAUGGUCGAGCAGCUUGCCGAGACAUAUGUAACUGCAGAGAAGAGUGGCCUUGAAACCGGCUAUGUGAAGCAGUUUGUUGAUGCAAUGUUUGGAGGGAGCCCCUAUCCAGCGUACUCGCUCCGCAUGCUGGAAGGUGACUACCACAAGAGAGCCGAGCCGCUUUUUGCUGUUGAUCUGGCAAGAAAAGAUGCUCGUCAUGCAAUGGCCAUCGCUAAAGCUGCUGGCACGCGGCUGUGGAACAUUGAAACCGCCGACAAGCAUCUUCAGGAAGUUCGGGAACAUGCAGGGCCAUCGGGUGACAUGGCAGGGAUCUACGGCGCCGUGAGGAAGGAGGCAGGUCUGAGGUUUGAGAAUGACGCGGAGUGA